ACAUUCACGCAUGUACGAAGUGUGGGCUGAGUGAGUCCCACUUACAUCACCACGCCGGCUGUGAUAAAACAGCGCAGCAGCAGCAGCAGCUCACCGUGGGGGGGAAACACACACUCACACACACUCACACACACACACCCUCGAGAGGCUGCAUUUUUCCUCAUCCACGAGCCCUGCGAGGACACGAGGAGGACACGAGCUGUGGACAUACAUUGACGCCAGGAGCGAUGAAGGAAGCAAGGAGUGUGCGCUGCAGCAUUAAGCUGUUCGUCCUGUGCCACGGCCUCCUGCAGUUGUCUCAGCUGCUGUACAGCUCUUACUUCAAGAGCACCAUCACCACAAUCGAGAGACGCUAUGGCCUGAGCAGCUACUCCUCUGGAACCAUUUCCUCUCUCCACGAGAUCAGUAACAGCAUCCUGAUCGUGUUUGUGAGCUACUUUGGAAAUCGGGUCCAUCGUCCCCGCGUCAUCGGAAUUGGCGGAAUAUUGAUGGCCAUCAGUGCCAUGAUCCUGACCUUACCUCACUUCGUAUCCCAGCCCUACGAAUACGACUCCGUUUUACACAAUCGCCAAGAUAUUUGCAACCUGCAUCAGAACUCGAGCGACACUGAGUCAUGUGGACGCGACGAGACCCGGCGUCUGACCGACACCAACAACCUGUGGAUGCUCAUGGCCACUGCUCAGCUGCUGUUUGGCGUGGGCUCGGUGCCGAUUCAGCCCUUUGGGAUUUCCUACAUUGAUGAUUUUGCAGGACCUGGAAACUCCGCUGUUUACAUAGCCAUCCUGUUUGCCGUAUCUGUUUUUGGACCUGCCAUUGGCUUCCUGAUGGGCUCAGUCAUUCUGCGGAUCUAUGUGGAUGUGGAUAAAUUUGGUUUUGGGGUCGAACAGGAGCUGAGGCCCGGUGAUCCUCGCUGGGUCGGGGCCUGGUGGAUGGGUCUGCUCAUCACCGCCGGCUGUCUUGCCCUCACCUCCAUCCCCUACUUCUUUUUCCCUCGCAGAAUGCCAAGAGAAAACAAUGUGAUUGCAAGUGAAAGUGACAUGAGCGUGGACUUAAAGAAGCCAGAUACCUCUUUACUCGAUUUCCUAAAAAUGUUUCCCAGGAUGUUUGUCCAUCUCCUGUUGAGCCCUCUCUUCCUGAUGCUGAUCCUGGCCCAGUGCUGCUUCUCCUCCGUGAUUGCUGGUCUCUCGACGUUCCUGAGCAAGUAUUUGGAGCGGCAGUACAGCGCUUCGCCUGCCUACAGCAGCUUGCUCUUUGGUGCUUUGAUUCUUCCAGCAGUAGCAGUGGGGAUGCUGGUUGGCGGGGUCAUCAUGAAGAAGGCGGGUCUUUCUUUAAAGACCAUCCCACGUUUCUCUGUGGUCAUGCUCACCAUAUCCACUCUCCUCUGUAUCCCGCUCUUCUUCAUGGGCUGUCCCACCCAUUCGGUCUCGGAGGUCAAUCACAACCAAAUUGUACAGGAUGGGUCACUACCCAAGUGUUACUCCAACUGCUCCUGUCCUUCCAGCGCCUUCAACCCUGUGUGUGGUUCUGACAACAUUGAGUACAUUUCUCCUUGUCAUGCGGGCUGUACCAACUUCACCAAAGACCCUGACAAAGGUCACCGGGUUCAGAUGUACACCAACUGUAGGUGUGUAUCUGGAAGCCAAAACCACGCCCGCCCGUCUCCCUGCCCAAACAGCUGCCCUCACUUACUUCUCCCCGUCAUCAUUGUCAUCGCUCUGGCAUCACUGAUCGCCUGCUUCACCCAUAACCCCAUGUACAUGAUGGUGCUCAGAUCUGUUCCCUCUGAAGAGAAGUCGUUUGCUAUAGGAAUCCAGUUCUUACUCAUGAGAGUAUUAGCCUGGUUACCUGCACCAGCUCUGUUCGGGAUGGCCAUUGAUACGUCGUGUAUCUGGUGGAAGCAAGUGUGUGGAAAGAAGUAUAGCUGUGGUUACUACGACAACGACAUCUUGAGGAACCGGUACUUUGGCUUACAGGUGGGUUACAAGGUCAUGGGCAUCUUGCUGCUGAUGAUGCUGGGGUGGAAAGUGCAGCGGACCCAGGAGUACAGUCUGGAGAAGAGGCCUGAGGGACUGCUGUGAUGCUGCUGAUCGUCUCUCUUGAUGGAAGCCUUGCUGGUUUCUGAAAGCUUUGCUGUGGCGUUAAACAUUUCUGGAGAACAGAGUGCAGAGUGAGAGGAGAGAGAGCCUGUAACAGUGGGAGGAAGCCACAAGCCAAGACAGGCCUACACUGACCUCAACUUCUGUCGGCCCACUUCUCUAUGUGGUGCUUCACUGGUUGGAGAAAAACAUACAUUUUCCAUAUGGGAACAUUUUGGUUGUUUUAAAGCUAAUGAACCCCUCAUUUCUAGUUAAGAGAGGAGAGCUGCAACGCCUCUCUUGAAUGGUACCUCACUAUGUUUAAUGUGGAUUUAAAGACCGGGACAACAGUCUCACCAAUGACAAAACAACAUAUUAUCUUCAUGUAUCGGUGUUCCUAUGAGGUAGGAACCUCUUUAGGUCUAUCUUGUCUAUCUUGCAAUGGGAACAUACACUGUAACUAAAUAUCUGUAUAGCUUAAUAUUUAAGUUUAUUUUAUAUAUAUAUAAAAAAGUUUGUCUCAUACACGGAGACAUCUGUGAUAACUUCUACACUUGUUUCAUAUAAAAUCACAUUUAACACUUGAUUUCAACCCAAUGCAAAUGAAACUUCAAAUAUAAAGUAUAUACACUGUUAUUCGUAAUUUUAAUUAACCAUAUGUAUAAUAUCUUCUGGUGUAGUUAUAUAGUUGAUAUUAGACUGGAGUGCGUAGAUGUGUAAGCAUUAAUGGCUAAUGAAUGAAUAAACAAAAAGUACAAUUAA